UCUCUGGGUGGGAAUGAGCUAGAAAGGAAGUCCAAGACUGCCCUGGCCUGAACCCUGAGACCAAGAGGCUUAGGAGCAGUGUUCACUCACUGAUCCAAGGCUAGUCAGCGGCCCCCAGUCGCACUCUGCAGGAGUAGGAGCCAGCCCAGCGCUGCGCUUCCAGCUGCGUCUGCCCGGGCGCAGCACGUGCUCCAGGCGCUGGCGCGAGAGAGCGAGCGCCACCACCGCGGGCCCGCAGCGGUUCUGCUGGCUGCCACUACUGCCUCGAUCUCAGCCACUAGCGCUUCUGCAGCAGCCAAGGCCGCUACGAAAGCGCAGGGAGCUUGUAAGGAGCGGCUGUCCAGGGGAACAAGGCUCGGGGAGCGCACCUGGUUAUGAAUAUUCUGAUCGUAUGGAUGCACCUAACUCGACAGUUUCUGGGGACUUUGCUAUCUUUUAGAGAAUAUAUCUAAAUUGCUGACUAAUUCCUCAAUGCGCCACUCAACGCAGGGCAUCAUUUGGCUGUACCUAUAGGAGCUCUGAGUUUCCUCCAUCAUGAUAUCUUUAUUAGCUUGAAUUCCUUUCCUAAAAUGGUCCUUCUGUUGAUCCUGUCAGUCCUACUUCUGAAAGAAGAUGUACGAGGGAGUGCACAGUCCAGUGAGAGGAGGGUGGUGGCUCACAUGCCAGGUGACAUCAUUAUUGGCGCUCUCUUCUCUGUCCACCACCAACCAACUGUGGACAAAGUUCAUGAGAGGAAGUGUGGCGCAGUUCGUGAGCAGUAUGGGAUUCAGAGAGUGGAGGCCAUGCUGCAUACCUUGGAAAGGAUCAACUCAGACCCCACACUCUUGCCCAACAUCACACUCGGCUGUGAGAUCAGAGAUUCCUGCUGGCAUUCCGCUGUGGCCCUAGAACAAAGCAUUGAGUUUAUAAGGGAUUCCCUCAUCUCUUCAGAAGAGGAGGAAGGUUUGGUACGCUGUGUAGAUGGAUCUUCUUCCUUCCGCUCCAAGAAACCCAUAGUGGGAGUCAUUGGGCCUGGCUCGAGUUCUGUGGCCAUUCAAGUCCAGAACUUACUCCAGCUUUUCAACAUACCACAGAUUGCUUACUCUGCAACCAGCAUGGAUUUGAGUGACAAGACUCUAUUCAAGUACUUCAUGAGGGUCGUACCUUCCGAUGCCCAGCAAGCUCGAGCCAUGGUAGACAUAGUGAAGAGAUACAACUGGACUUAUGUCUCAGCUGUGCACACAGAAGGCAACUAUGGAGAAAGUGGGAUGGAGGCUUUCAAAGAUAUGUCAGCAAAAGAAGGGAUUUGCAUCGCCCACUCUUACAAAAUUUACAGCAAUGCUGGGGAACAGAGCUUUGACAAGCUGUUGAAAAAACUCAGAAGUCAUUUACCUAAAGCCCGGGUGGUAGCUUGCUUCUGUGAAGGCAUGACAGUUCGAGGUCUGCUCAUGGCCAUGAGACGCUUGGGUCUAGCAGGGGAGUUUCUACUUCUGGGCAGUGAUGGCUGGGCUGACAGGUAUGACGUGACAGAUGGGUAUCAGCGAGAAGCUGUCGGUGGAAUUACAAUCAAGCUUCAGUCUCCUGAUGUCAAGUGGUUUGAUGAUUAUUAUCUGAAACUCCGGCCAGAAACAAACCUCAGAAACCCUUGGUUUCAAGAAUUUUGGCAGCAUCGUUUUCAGUGCCGGCUGGAAGGGUUUGCACAGGAGAACAGCAAGUACAACAAGACUUGCAACAGUUCUCUGACUCUGAGAACACAUCAUGUUCAAGAUUCCAAAAUGGGAUUUGUGAUAAAUGCAAUCUAUUCUAUGGCUUAUGGACUCCACAACAUGCAGAUGUCCCUGUGUCCAGGCUAUGCAGGCCUCUGUGAUGCGAUGAAGCCAAUCGAUGGACGGAAACUUUUGGAUUCCCUGAUGAAAACCAAUUUUACUGGAGUUUCUGGAGAUAUGAUCCUGUUUGAUGAAAAUGGAGACUCUCCAGGAAGGUAUGAAAUAAUGAAUUUCAAGGAAAUGGGAAAAGAUUAUUUUGAUUACAUCAAUGUUGGAAGUUGGGACAAUGGGGAAUUAAAAAUGGAUGAUGACGAAGUGUGGUCCAAGAAAAAUAACAUCAUCAGAUCGGUGUGCAGUGAACCAUGUGAGAAAGGCCAAAUAAAGGUGAUCCGGAAGGGAGAAGUCAGCUGUUGUUGGACCUGCACACCUUGUAAAGAGAAUGAGUAUGUGUUUGAUGAGUACACCUGCAAGGCAUGCCAACUGGGCUCCUGGCCCACUGACGACCUGACAGGCUGUGACUUGAUCCCAGUCCAGUAUCUUCGCUGGGGUGACCCUGAGCCGAUUGCAGCUGUGGUGUUUGCCUGCCUCGGUCUGCUAGCCACCUUAUUCGUUACUGUAAUCUUCAUCAUUUAUCGGGACACGCCAGUGGUCAAGUCUUCCAGCAGGGAGCUCUGCUACAUUAUCCUUGCUGGUAUCUGCCUGGGAUACUUGUGCACCUUCUGCCUCAUUGCAAAGCCCAAGCAGAUUUACUGCUAUCUUCAGAGAAUUGGCAUUGGACUCUCUCCAGCCAUGAGCUACUCAGCCCUUGUAACCAAGACCAACCGUAUUGCAAGGAUUCUAGCUGGAAGCAAGAAGAAGAUCUGUACCAAGAAGCCCAGAUUCAUGAGCGCCUGUGCUCAGUUAGUGAUCGCUUUCAUUCUCAUCUGUAUUCAGCUGGGCAUUAUCGUGGCCCUCUUUAUCAUGGAGCCUCCGGAUAUAAUGCAUGACUAUCCAAGCAUCCGAGAAGUCUACUUGAUUUGUAACACCACCAACCUAGGGGUUGUUACUCCUCUUGGAUACAAUGGAUUAUUGAUUUUGAGUUGCACGUUCUAUGCGUUUAAGACCAGAAAUGUUCCAGCCAACUUUAAUGAGGCCAAAUAUAUUGCUUUCACCAUGUACACAACUUGCAUCAUAUGGCUGGCCUUCGUGCCUAUCUACUUUGGCAGCAACUACAAAAUCAUCACCAUGUGUUUUUCAGUCAGCCUGAGUGCCACAGUGGCCCUGGGUUGCAUGUUCGUCCCGAAGGUGUAUAUCAUCCUAGCCAAACCGGAGAGAAAUGUGCGCAGCGCCUUCACAACCUCUACAGUGGUACGCAUGCAUGUAGGAGACGGCAAAUCAUCGUCCGCUGCCAGCAGAUCCAGCAGCCUAGUCAACCUGUGGAAGAGGAGGGGCUCCUCUGGGGAAACCCUAAGGUACAAAGACAGGAGACUGGCCCAGCACAAGUCGGAAAUAGAGUGUUUCACCCCCAAAGGGAGUAUGGGGAAUGGUGGGAGAGCAACAAUGAGCAGCUCCAAUGGAAAAUCUGUGACUUGGGCCCAGAAUGAGAAGAGUACCCGGGGGCAACAUUUGUGGCAGCGACUGUCUGUCCACAUCAACAAGAAGGAGAAUCCCAACCAAACGGCGGUCAUCAAACCCUUUCCCAAGAGCACAGAGAGCCGCGGGCCUGGUGCAGCGGCAGGUGGUGGCUCGGGUCCCGGUGCAGCUGGUGCUGGUAACGCAGGAUGCACAGCAACAGGUGGCCCGGAGCCACCCGACGCCGGUCCCAAAGCGCUUUACGAUGUGGCGGAGGCAGAGGAGCGCUUCCCCGCGGCUGCCAGGCCGCGCUCGCCAUCGCCCAUCAGCACGUUGAGCCAUCUCGCAGGCUCAGCGGGCCGCACAGAUGACGAUGCGCCGUCGCUGCACUCUGAGACGGCUGCUCGCAGCAGCUCGUCCCAGGGCUCGCUCAUGGAGCAGAUCAGCAGCGUAGUGACGCGCUUCACAGCCAACAUCUCCGAGCUCAACUCCAUGAUGUUGUCCACCGCGGCCACGCCGGGGCCCCCUGGUACUCCAAUCUGUUCCUCCUACCUGAUCCCCAAAGAGAUUCAGCUGCCCACGACCAUGACGACCUUCGCAGAGAUCCAACCGCUGCCUGCCAUCGAGGUGACCGGAGGAGCUCAGGGGGCGACAGGGGUAUCACCUGCCCAGGAGACGCCCACAGGAGCUGAAUCCGCCCCGGGCAAACCAGAUCUGGAGGAGCUUGUGGCCCUCACUCCACCAUCGCCCUUCAGGGACUCGGUGGACUCGGGGAGCACCACCCCAAACUCUCCAGUCUCAGAAUCGGCCCUCUGCAUCCCAUCCUCUCCCAAAUAUGACACUCUCAUCAUCAGAGAUUACACGCAGAGUUCUUCAUCGUUGUGAGCCACUGGAAACUUCCCUGAGAUAGGCCUGAGCAGCAGACCUCGGUGUUCACAGAUGGGCGCAGCGACACCCAGAGUCACCCCAACAGAGAACCCGAGGGGAAAAAUGCCAAGGACACACACGGUGGAGACAUGAGAUCAACAGUGCUAUUUCAUGACAGCCGAUGACGACACCAACUACACAUCUUCUGGCAGAUUAUCUUCUAGUGGCCUUAGAAAACAUGGGCUUUUAAGAAACACUGCUUCUAUAUUUGGAGUGCUGACCAGGAGUGGGUUAAACAGUUUCAGUACCAAGUGCUUUGCUCUGAGGCAGCAACAGUAUGAAGCAACAUCCUGAACAGUGAAAAGUGGAGUUAAUAAGCAACUGUGCAUAGUCUCGUUUGUUUACUUCAUUUUCCCAGAAGAGUCUCUGAGUCACCAAACAUUGAAUGUACAUUUUCUAACUAACUCGAAAAAUCUGGGACCAAAAGUCAACCUGUUUUUUCUCCUUUUUUUUCCCCCUUCCUUCCCUGGUCCCUCCAUGUCGUAGACCUUGAGAAGCUAAUAGUCACUAGGGCCCAGGACUUUCUGAGCUUGUAAGUCUACUGAGUAACACAAACGGGUAGUGAGUGUUGUGUUAAUGUACAGAGAGUUUCUAGCAGAGACUUUCCAAACAGGCUGAGAGAUACUCUUCUGAAAGCCUGCAUCCUGGAUACCAUUAACCAAGAAAACCAGUGCAAGAUUUCUGGACUAUUUCACCAUGUUGCCAAUCAAUACUGGAGUAGCAAAAAAAAAAA